CUUAAACGCAAUAUGCUCAAUUUCACCAGUUUUAUAUUGUGUUCAUUUGUUGUUCUGGGUCUUUAUGGAUCCCCAGCCAACUCCCAGGAAGGACCAGGAUCCAUUUGUCUGUUAAAGGACGCACCUCACCAAUGCGGUGCUUUUUGCCUUUCAGCAUUAGGUUCACUUUACGAUCAAAUGGCUGACUUCGAGACCAAGAUGCACAGCCAACAGGAGUCACUAUCCAAGGUUGAAAGCACUCUGGUGUCCAGUAAAGGGACUUUGGACAAAAUUAACACCCAGACGGAGGGUCUACAAAAUCUAAAGCAACUGACAGAGGGUCUAAAGAAAUUGGAAAAUGUUUUAACCAACAAAGAGGAGAGAAUCACUUCACAGAUGGAAGAUUUGAAAAUUAACUUUGACGCGAGAUUAGACAGGAUGCAAGACCAAGUAAAAGCGGGAUCUAAUAAGUUAGAGGAGCCAAAGGCAGUAACUUCGCUAAAAGCCAUUCCCCCCAAGUUCGAGCUGAUAGGCUCAAGAUAUUUUUACAUUGAAGAAAAUAAUCCUCAAAAUUGGACAACUGCUUCCAAAACCUGUCGGGAAAUGAGUGGGCAUCUGGCCUCUUUUAAGAACAAAGACGAGCUAGACGCUUUUAGAAAUAGACUCAAUCAAUAUAAAAAUUAUUGGAUAGGCAUUAACGAUCACAAAAAAAAGGGCGACUUUGUGUCGUUGGCCUCCGCUAAGCCAGCCUUUUUGAAUUGGGAACCCAAUGAACCCUAUUACUUCGAAGCAGAACAGAAUUGCAUUUUUUUAGGGGUGUGCAGCAGCGGAGAACUAUGCAUGCUGUUAAAUCCGUGUACGAUUCCACUUAAUUUCAUUUGCCAGGCUGAUGACGAAAUUUAGUAACAAACAUUUGCAAACAAAUCCUUUUUUUAACAAUAAAUAUUUAGGCUUCU